AUGAAGCAGCUAGUAGCUUUGAUAUACUUUUUCAUUACAAAGGUAUACUGCGACCAAGAAACCAAUGGCGGUGGAUGGACGGUGAUCCAGAGAAGACAAGAUGGCUCACAAGACUUUUAUCUGGGAUGGCAAAGCUAUAAGCUUGGUUUUGGUAGUCUUACAGGAGAAUUCUGGUUGGGUCUGGACAACAUCUACCGACUGACCCGCAAUAUAAAGAACCGUCUUCGUGUUGAACUGGAAGACACGGUUUAUGCUGAAUACGACUAUUUUGCUGUCAGUAGUGAAGUUGAUAGAUAUACUUUGAGUCUUGGUUCAUUUUCUGGUACCGCUGGAGAUUCCUUAUCGUAUCAUCGUAACAGACCUUUCACAACUAAAGAUAGUGAUGGCAAUCAUUGUGCUGUUACAUAUAAGGGGGCAUGGUGGUACGGUGGUUGUCAUCAUUCAAACCUGAAUGGAUUAUAUCUUAAUGGUAGUCAUUCGACUAAAGGAAUAAAUUGGUUCCACUGGAAGCGAAAUCGCUACUCGGUCAAAAAAGCUGUUAUGAAAAUACGGCCAGUUUAGAACUGAAGUAUACAUAUAUCUUAUAAAAUCCAGCAUGCAACUGAGUGCUUUCGAUAAUCAACUGUGGAACCACAGAAUUUUCUAUAACAAUGCAUGCUGGGAAGGUACCCAUAACAAUCGAAACUUGGCACAUGUUAAAACAUAAAACGCGUAUUCAUGUAAAUUGCACAGGAAAGCACUGCUAAACCAGUAAAAGUCGCGGUUGCUUCAUGAAAAUAUCUAAACAGCCAAGGCGUUUCGCAGUUUUAUGACAGUUUAAAGGUCAUCUUCACAGUAUUCCUAAAAUCAUGCAAUCUUUGAGGUUGUAUACUAAUCGUGAAAAUACACCUUAUUCCAAAAUGGCUGACUAGCCCUUGAUGUCUCGUUUUCAUGAAAUUGUUCUUUUCUUUUAAAGWCACGCAAGCUCAAAGACAAAAGAAUAAUUUUAUGAGAGUGAGAAACAAGGGCUAAUUGAACAAAGGGUGGCAUUUUGGAAUACGGUGUAUACGAAUUUUGCAUUAAUAAGCACAGUAAAAUAAAACAAGAAAACAGUUUUUCAUGUUUGGCUGACCGUUUCACCGUAUGCAUGUCGUCUUGAUUCUAUUGUGUUUGACCAAUAAGGCGAGAUUCGCAAGUCGGGUUUAAUUUGUUUGAGAGGCAUUUCUAAAGACUGAUUCCCUUCCUUCUUGGUCUUCCUGUGGCCGUCAAAAAAUACUAUUCUUGCAUUUCUCUCGAAAAGUGGGUUAUAGUAAAUACAUUUGUGUCUGUGAAUCUAUAAAAAAUUGAUUAACUCAAUCCAAUGAGGAAUUGAUAAGAAUUUCGUACACCUUUAUUUUAAAUUAUCACGAAAUAUAUUUCUUGAAUUGAUUCACAUUCUAAAAACA